AUGGGCCCGACUUGUUUCAAGAGAAAAUGGCCACAUAUGAUUGGUUCUUUACCCCCAUCAUACCAUAACUCUCCAGCCCAACCUCCCUUGGAUGAGCCCCAGCUUCAGGCAGUUUCACCACCACCACUUCCUGUUGAGGAGCCACCUCAGCAGCCACCACAGCCACCUCCCGAGCCUCCAAGGCAACGGAGGAAUGCACGCAUGUCAGUGCGAGGAGGACCUCAUUUUAGUUCUCCUUGGGGUUCGAGUUCCUACCCUCCUAUUCCAGAGGACCCCCAAAUGGGUGGGCCCUCGAACGCGUCACCGGAGAUUGAUCCUCCGCCAGCUUCAUAUGCACCACCUCAGCCGCCCAUAGGUUUUGACAACCCUAUCCCGACUUACCCAAGUUCUUCUGGGUAUAAUCUUUUUGAAAACACAUCGGGAUAUCCAUCAGACUAUGGGAACCAGGAUCCCUACCUCACCGCUGCUCAAUACCAUCAUCUUUACCCUUCUUCUUACCCUCCAGUUUAUCCAACUGGAUACUCGGUACAGGAUUAUCAAUAUCCUCCGAACCAGCAACCUCCUCCUCCUCCCCAGCAGCAGCAGCAACAGCAAACUCAGGAAAUCCUGGAGAGGUUAGAUAGGGUUGAACAGAAAGCUAAAAAGAACAAGGAGAAGCAUAAUAGCUUCAUGAAGGGCCUUGCAAACCUUAUCAAAGGAAAGAAGAAGUAG